AUGCUCUCGGAGGACAUCGUCUUGAACAUCUUCGAUUUCGUGCAGGCAGCCAGCCCGCGAAGUGCAGCGGACCUCGCCCUGGUGCACCCGCGCUUCUACCGCCAGGCUCGAUAUGUGCAGCACCGACGCGUGGCCAUCGACCUGGACAAUAAGCAUGAGGUGGCAGCGAAACGUCUCAACCUCAUUGAAAAGGAUGAAGGCUUUCUUCCCGCUAUUCACGAGCUUCGCGUGCUUAGUCGCUACGGCAAACCAGACGCGCAGUGUCUUCAGCGGCUGGCGGCCAUGGUCCCCGGAAUGACGGGCCUCCGCUCUGUGCACUGGGAGUAUACCCCUAUUCCGGCCGCGCUGCUUGAGAGCCUAACAAGGCUGCCUUUCCCUGUGCGGCUUCACGUUGUUGUACGAGACAAGAAGAGCCGCGACCCGGCGGCCAGACAGCUUCUCGCCCGACUUACUGGUUGUGGCGUUUUAGCAUCGGUCACACUAGAGGCAGCCUAUCUGGGCGCCGCCGACUGCCUUGAGCUGUCCCGGCCGCUCAAGCAGCUCUUGCUCACGAGCCCCAAUCUCGUCGAUUUGUCACUCGAUCUGCACCUCCCUCGGCAAGGCUGUGUCGGCUACGCUGCGCCGGUCGAGUAUCCAGGUCUCGGCUUUUCCAGCAGCGAGCGCCCGCUGCGCCCGUUGGAGUCUCUGACCAUACAUGAAUACCCCUGGGGAGAGGAGGAAGUGCAAGGCCGCUUCGCUUUCCACUCCCAGGGCUACCCAGGCACGGGCCAUGAGAUUGACUAUUGGGCUGCGAACUUCAACUGGUCGACGCUAAAGCGAUUAGAGGUCACCUCGCCAUCUACCCAGGUCCUCUUUGCCAUUACAUUGGCCCCAAUGCUGACGGCGCUUCGGGAGGUGCGCUUCACGUCCGCCCGCGACUCACGCGGCAACUCGCUCGAGACGUUCUUUAACAGUGUACCGUCAAUCUUAGAGGAUAUCAGCGUGCCUAGCUUAGACUCCAUCGGCGUGGUGGCCCUUGCCCGUCACGCGCCGAGCUUGCGCAGGCUCACAGUGCACCAGCCCGAGGCGUCGUCCGCGAGUGCGUGGGAAGAGCAUCUCCUCCCGGAGGGGGCGCUGGGUGAACUUCAUAAGAAAGCCCCUCACCUUGAGGAGCUGGGCCUCGAUAUGCUGCGGGUCGGCGGCGACUGGCCGCGUGGCCAGCUCGAUGCAUUGGCACGAUUCUGUCAUCUCCGCGUAUUGGAGCUGUGGUUUGGAUUCGGUGACUGGAAGUUCUCCGGCCCGCCGCAACCUGCCCUCACCGCAUCGGCGGCAGCGCAGCUGUUCACCGACCUACGCCACUCUAUCCCGACUCUGCAGCGAUUGCGCGUACACUCGGGCUGCCCGCCGCCUCCGGGAAUUGGGAUGCUAGCCGACUCUGCGUUCUACCCUGAGGACAACAGCGCGAGCUUCGAUUGUCGCAUCCCCGAGCGAGACGACGAUGCUGCGGCUGGGGAAGUCGCCGUCACUAGCUUUAGGCUUAGCCCACGGCUGAAUGCGCGGAUGCAGAGGAUUCUUAAGGGCAUUGAAAAAAGGGAAGAUGUCCAAGGGAACUUGAUCGCGCUACAAGUCGCUCUCGAUGGACCGAUGCAAUAUGCGGAUUGGGGACGAUGGAGAAAGGAAUGGCCCAUCCCGAACUUUCCUGCACUUAUGGAUGCGGCCGAAGGGAGGAACCAAGACAACAAUUCAACUUCACGAGGUCGCUUGUACAGAUUGUUGCGUCGGUGA